UCUUCCAUCCCCCCCACCCACCUGCGUUCCGGCCCGUAUUCCUCACGGUGUCUACUGAGUGUUUUAAGCCAAUUCGUAGGUAGCAAAAACGAACGUCCGAAGGGCGCAGGCGCCCUUUUUCCUACGGUAGGGAACGCGCCUCCGCUUCGCCUUCCGCUCUGGCCUCUUUUGGACCCCGCGCUCGCCGUAGCUCCGGCGGAGGCGUUCGCAAGCGGAGGCGAUGGCGACUGGAACGCCCGAUCCGCAAGCGCGAUUCGGUCAGUCCGUGAAGGGCCUGCUCACGGAGAAGGUGAACACCUGCGGCACUGACGUGAUCGCGCUCACCAAGCAGGUGCUGAAGGGCUCCCGCAGCUCCGAGCUGCUGGGUCAGGCGGCUCGCAAUAUGGUCCUGCAGGAAGACGCCAUCUUGCACUCAGAGGAUAGUUUGAGGAAAAUGGCCAUCAUCACCACGCAUCUUCAGUACCAGCAAGAAGCUAUUCAAAAGAAGUAAGUAACCGCCAAGUGUUGAACAGUCCUCGGAACUGCAGGAGCAGCUGAAGCAUCUGUUGAAAUAGAAGAGGAGGAAGAGCUGUCUUAACGCCACCACCAUGCCAGGUGUGUGUGAAUUCCCAUGUUCUUCCUCGAAAGCGCAAGAAGAUUCUUGUUUGUGAUAUACUGUUUUCUCCUGAAGAGAAGCCAGGGGGUUGGUAGUGCAGUCUGGUCACCCUGGACUCUUGCUAAACCUUAAAGGUGUCCUGCCUCACUUGACAUUAAAGCAAGAUGAAAAGACACUCAGUUUUUCCCACAGAACAUGUAAUAGGUCAAAAGCCCAGCUGUCUGAAUUGUUCCUUCAGCGCAUACUGAGUUGUGUGUUACACUCAGAAAAUAAAGUUUCUAUUGUGAACAUA